ACAAUAAAAACUAUUGGUACUACCUGCUAUGGUGCACAACUCAAUUAUUUGCUUCUUUUAUUCAAUGACUUGGAUGAAAUUCACUUCCUGUAUAUGUAUUCGCGAAUCAUUAUUUGGAAGGAAAAAUGUACUGAAUAUAUGUUUACAGUAUUAAUUUACUUUACUUGCCAGCGUAUUAUGUAAAUUGAAUAGAUGGUUAUUCUUUGUAU